AUGGACGCGACUGGAGUGCUCGGAUCAGUUAUCUGCCUGACAUUACGUCUCCCAACAUCGCACCAUACCAUCUACUGCGCUUUGCUUCUCACUUUACUUCAUUUUCUAGCUUUCAUAGCUGCUAUGUGUAUGAAUUAUUACUACGGUGGAACAAUUGCGCACCUUAUUGAAGUCUCGAAAGCAUUAGGAUAUCAACCGGAUGUCUCCAAGCUUCCUGUUGGUACAAUAAUCACCACGGAAAGAAGCACUUCUUAUAAGUGGAAGGGUAAUGUGCAACCUGGCGGGAUAGUGAUUGGUUCGGGAAUGGAAUCCAUGACCGACUCGGUAACCUUGAAGGCGCCUACUAAAGAAGCUGUUAAGCGCGACUCUAAGUUCAUCCGGCAUGUGAUGGUUGAUGCAGUUAGGGCCAAACUGAAGCGUGGAGGCAAAGUGGUAGCUGCGAGGAAAAAGGUCUCUGCAGAACGGCGAGCCCUAGAAAAGAAAAACGGAAAGGCACACGUCAGUAAGCACCGAUCGCCAGAAGGUCAACCACCAAAGAAGCUAGUGGGCAUAGAAACUAGCGGUCAAGAUGAAUCAGAAUUAGAAACAAUCACUUUCAAUAGCCUCUUAGAGGUACGUUCUUUCUCGUCACAUCUGCUUUUUGAAAUAAUUUCUUGCUUUUUUAUAGAAAAAGAUUAAAG